CCGAGCGGCGUGGCUCGAGCGUAAACAUUUCUACACAUACGGCUUUGAGAGAAGUUUCUGUUAGCCUGCUAGCUGCAGCCGAGUGUCCGCGCCUCGGAGAGCUCCUGCCGGACUAAGUUACGUGACUUGGAGGGGGGAGGGAUGGAGAAAAAAUAGCGAAAUCACCCAGGAGGAAAGGUGAUACUUUAUCCGGGACCCGGCUGCCCUGACGGCGGGUUCGUCGGAGUGCACACUGCGCGGAGCGGACCGCCUCGGUCGGGGGGAUCUCGGGCUGCUACGAUGUGCGCUCGCUGCUCCACGAAGCUCCGUCGGGGACGAGGAUCUUUCACCGGAUGAUGGACAGAAACUACCCGAGCUCCAGCUUCGCGGACGCGCUGGCUCCACCAGCACAGCCCGUCGCUUCGUGGGCCUAUGACCGCGGCUCGGCUAGUCACAAGCCAAGCUCCAGUUAUGGUGCCGCUCACCUUGACGCAGAGCUCCUCCAGCGGCAGAGCUACUCUUCCACACACCAGCUUCCUACCUACACUACAUCCAAUAUUCCUGCUGCAGUAGGAACACUUGAAUCGAACAGUAAUACUCCUGAGACCUCAAUAAUGAGCUUCCUAUCAGCCAUGGAGUCCAGAAGCCUUCAGGCUGGUCCUGUUAGUGCCUCCUUGCUUCCUCCUUUUAGACCACCAUCAUGGCCUGCUGGUACCAAUUCCUCUGCAACAGAGUUGUAUCUUACCGGUGCGUUGCCUUCGACUGCCACUUUCCCCUCUCCCGCUGCUCUGUCAUCCUAUCAGCACACUGGUGCCUACCCUCCCAGGAGUUAUGCCACCAACCCUUCCCUGGCUCUUCAGGAUCCUGGCUUCAGCACUUCCACCAAUGGCCUGUUUUCUCAUCAUGAUCCCUUGUUACAUCUUAAAGCCAGCCAAUCCGUGCUCCCCGCUGCCUUGGCCUUCAAUCAUCUCUCGACGCCUUCAUUGGGCUCAUCUCUGCCGGUUCAGUCUUCCACUUACCGCUCAGCCCAGGAGUCAGCUCCCCACCUUCUUCAGCCGCAGUUCAGCCUUCUACCUUCAUCCUUGUCUUCCUCUCAUGGUGCCACUCAGCCCUUUGGGGCUACAGUAUUCUCUGGCUCUAUUGAAAGAGCUCUUCAGCGUGAAUGUAGUGUGAUCAAACACCACCAGAGGCCUUCAAGUAGCCAUAUGGCCUCCGAGCAGUUGUCCAAUUCGGAGCAAUCCUUACAGGGGUACUUUGGCUCAGGCAGCCAAGCAGAUGUGUCUUACCAGCAUGACCCCUCUCGUCAGACCCCGGUGACUAGCAGCCCCUCCACAGGAGCAGAUUCUGCUCAUGCAGUCCACGCUUCACCACAAGAUUCCCCAACAGAUAGCGUGUCACAAGCUUACUCAUCCGCUUUGUUACCAAAAGCUACAGACUGCUCUUCCAAACUAGCUCCACACUCUGACGGGGAUGACGAGAGUAACUCCCAGCAUCUGACUACAGCCUCUCCUGAACCUUUUUCAUCUCCUGGACAGAAGCAGAACUCAGUGAUUGCUAAUCAGCACACAGUUGAGUUGUCUAACCUGAUGUCCAACAGCUUAUCUCAAAGCUAUAUCACACCCCACACACAGUCACAGACUUCCCAUCCCUCCUCAGACAAAAUGUCUUCACUUUACAAGACUCUUCCGUCACUGUCGAGUCAGUCUGACGGUGUAGCGUCUGUUAAUCACACUCUUGUUUACUCUUCCACUCCUGAGCUGAGCCAAGAGCAAGACAUCGAGUAUGGAGCACAGGUUCGGGGCUUGUGCCGUGGAAGUAUUUCUGAGAGCUACCCCACAUCUCACUCUCAAGGUGCCUCAAAUGUGACUUUUACAUCUCAAUCACAGGGACAUGCUUCAGUGACACAGUCUCAAAACUACAUCACAGGACAAUCUCUUAAUUCUUCUUACCAACAGGCAUGUGGACAGGGUCUGCCCACAUCAAACUCUACAGUGGAUUAUACCCUCAUGCAGGGAUCAGUGGGUAGUAAAACACAUGUCACUCUUUCCCAGGAGCAAAUACAGUCUCAUAAAUAUGUUUUGUCCCUACCCACAUACCCUUUGCCUGCUCAGACCUCACAAAAUGAUUUAAUAUCCUCAGUACAAGACACAAAACCAACAUAUAGUAAACAGAAAUUGGAAGAGCUUCCACUUCAGGACUUUGGAUCUCUUCAACAGUCUACCAUGGAAGUCUCUGCAACAGAUCACAAUGUGACUUCUCACAAUAAUGUUAUCUAUGUUGUUUCAAAGUUGGAUGAUCACCUCAAAACACAAAGUGUCAUUCGAAGCAACUCUCGCUCUGAUGAUCAGCUCAUGGGACUCGGUCACACAAAUGUAGCUCAGAUAAAGGAUGAAAGGUUGGUUCCUCUUAGCCAACAGCACAUUAAUUUAAGCAGUGCCAAUGGUCAUGAAAAUGCUAGUACGAAAACUACAAACUCUAGUGUUGUGUCCUCUCAUCCGGCCCAGCACUCUCUUCAGAUCAAAUCUUCUGAACCACAUCAACAAAACCAACAGAACCUUAAUCAUAGCCAGUCUCACAUCCAGACGUCUGUAGCCCACACCCAGUUCAUCACUGUACCAAGUACUCAGGUUCUCCUCGAGCCCAGCCAAAUGAUUCUGCUCCAGCAACCCCUUGUUCAGCAUAAUCAGAACUCCUCAAAGGUGGCAUCGGUGCAAGGUAUUCAGCCGGUCCAAGGUUUGGGCCCUGUUCAUGUCCAGUACCUUCAAAUGGAUCGAGACAUGCUGGGUCCUUCUGUCAAUGAAACUGAGAGUCAGCAGCGUUCUCUGGUGUCUGAAACAAGCUCAGAUUGCUCCUCUUCAUCCAAACACCACUACAGCCAGUCGGCCACUCAGCAGCCAAAUGAUGCCAAGAACCACUUUGCCCUUAACUCAAUUUGCUUUCCCGACUCAGUGCUGCUUGGAGACGAGAGAAACAUUUUGUCAAAUGUUGACGACAUCCUGGCUGCCACUGUCGCGGCCUGUGGUGUCACACCACAAGACUUUGUCAAAGCUUCAUCCUCUGCUGAGGUUGAAAUGGCAGUUAUGGCAAGCCCUGUUGACUCCAAAGGUCCCUUCCAGACUGUGGAUAUGCGACACAUGUCACCCAGUUUCUCCUCGGCGCAGCAGCCAAUCAUCACCAACACUAAUUCCCAUUCUAUGGCCAUGACACUAAAUGGAGUUCAGAUGACUGCAGAAUGUCACGGCCAGUCUAUUAACCACAACAACAGAACUGAGCUUGAUGCCGAUGGAGACGGAAGGAACUCUGAGAAUGACUACCACUUAAUGGGGCAGGUGUACAACCCCUCAGACACCCAGAACAGAACGGAAGACGGUGGAAAGUGCAUCAAAACAGAGGAUGGCCUCAUGGAAGUUGCAGGUGGUGAUGAUUUUCCUAAAAAGAAGGUUCGCUCCAAGCCCUUCACAAAACCAGGUGGUCCCGAGGAUGACGGCGGACUGGCCAGAUCAGCCAAGCGUAGUGGGCAAGCAAAGCGGCAAAACUCCAGGGGCAGUGAUGUGAGCUCACCAUCUGCCUCGCACGGUGCAUAUGAUGGUUGUGCGCAGCAGGAGAGAAUCAGGCAGAAGAUUCGUGAAGUGGAAGAGAAACAGCCGGAAGUCAAAACUGGCUUCAUUGGCUCUUUCCUGGACUUCAUCAAAUCUGGGCCUAAACAGCAGUCUUCUCAAAGUCCCGCACGAACCAUCAGUCGGCCAAGAAAGCCCAGCACCUCCUCUAAACCUUGCGUUUUGCCGACUGUGCCUCCCAAACUGCAGACUUUGCCCACUGUAUUGAUACCCCAGAAUACCCCAGUGGUGAGCUCCCAGCAGAAACGUCUGGAUGAAGAUCUCCAAAAGAACUUGGAGACGUUGCCGUCGUUCAGCUCAGAUGAAGAGGAGAACACUGGCAAGAACCAGGCUCUGAGGAACAGUAUCAGCUCAGCACUUUCUGCUCUGGAUGAGUCGGCAGAUCGGAAAACCAGGACAGAUAACCAAAUCCAAGGUCUGUUGAUGAAGCCAGACCAGUUUCCCACCAUGUCCCACACUGUCACUGAGACCCGUGUGCCACAAGUAGCCACUCCCACACACACUGUAAAGCCAGUGGUAGCAUCGCCGGUGUUCCCAGCCAAAGAGGAGUACAAGGAGACCCAACCGGACCAACUGGCCAUUCAGCUGAUCAGUGUGGCCAUCGAGGGGUUGACUGACGAGGAGCUGUCGGACAGUGGAGGAGAGGGAAUGUAUCGAGAGAGAGACGAGUUUGUUGUCAGAAACGAGGACAUCGAUAUCUUGAAGGUGACAAUGAGAGAAGGCAGUGAGCCUCCAGCCAUCUGGAAGGUCCAGAAGGCUCUGCUGCAAAAAUUUGUGCCUGAGCUGAGAGAUGGGAAAAGAGUCUUCUCAGCCACAAACAGUUAUCUUGGAUACUUCGGUGAUGCGAAGACCAUGUACCAGAGGGUGUAUGUGAAAUUUCUGGAUACGGUGAACAAAAGGGAGUACGUACGUGUUUGUAGUCGCAAGCCACGCUGCAAACCCAUCAGCUCCCUGAGGAGUGUUCAGGUGAAAACUUUGCUGGGUUUGACAGCCGCCCCCUCCUCAGUCUUCCAGAGCCAAAAGCCUCGACCCAAACAACUGAAGCCAAGGGCAGAGCCUCCGCCGAAAAAGAGGCGGAAGUGGAAGGAGUUUUCUCCCACUGCCUCGGGGUCGUCUGCAGAGGAAGAUGGUGAAGAUGAUGAGUUAAACCCUCCGUUGCCAUUCACUUCACGAGUCCUCAACACGCGAACCAUGAAAGAAACUUUCAAGAGCUUCGUGGAACUGCUCGUCAGUGUGGCUUUGGAUGAAGAUAUGAUGGCAGCACUGGAGAGGGCCAACGAUGAGCUGCUGUUGCCCCACAUGAAACGAGUGGAUGGGAUGAUAACGGACAACAGGAAGCGAUUGCUUCACAAACUGCACAUAGGACAUGUCUUGAAGACGGCAUUGGACAGCUUUCCAGAGAUCUCAGUGGUGACUGAGCUGAAGAAGGACGGAGAAACUCCGGCUUUUAAGGUUCGUCUCAGUGGAAAGGCCUACAACAGAAAGACUAUGAAGCCCUUCAAGAUGCCCAACAAAGUGCCUCAUGAGUAUACAGUUGACCAGCAGAAAACUCAGUGGUUCUCUCUGUACCACUCCUUGCAGCAUUACAAGUACCACACAUACCUCAUGUGCAAGGACGAGAUUGCAUCCCUGCGGAUGCAGGCGGGAGACCUGGGGCAGGAGGAAACGGUGCAGAAGUGUCUGCAGAACGGAGCGUGGGUCGAGGGGCUCUUUGACCGCUUUGGAGAGCUAAUCAAUCAGGUGCAGCAGGCCUGCCGGUGAUUCAGCCUCGACUGGCUCGGUUUUUGAAGAACAACGCACAAAACGGCACACGUUCAGCUCUUAAAAACAAGAGGACGCCUCGGGCUCGGAUCGCCACGGCGAGCGGAGAAAGAUGGAGCGAGUCUCGUCUUCAAGCCACAGAGGUUUAAAUCAGGGACCCGUCAACUGAGUUGCCUGGAGAAUGUAAAAAGCAGGGGAAUGAUCGGACGAUGGCAGAGUUUAAACCAUUUCUCACUGCACUCAAGCAAAAAAAAAAAAACGGCACAUUGAUGGAGAGAGGACUUUACAUGGGAAGGCUUCCACAUUGUGCUUCUUCUAGUCUUUGUAGGUUUUUGUAGUUACAUGCCCGCCUUUUAUCGGCAGUUUCGUAGAUUUAUAUUUUGUACUUGGAGUGUGUGCGCGCGCGCGUGCGUGUGUGUGUCUGUGUGUGUGUUUUGAAUGUGCAGGUUACAGAUGUGCGGGGCUCUUUAGGAUUCAAAACAUUAUCAUCAUAGACCAGAGUUGUCUAAUCCAGGUCCUGGAGGCCGUAGUCCUGCAUGUUUUCGCCCACUCCUGAUGGUACCGACUUGAUUUUGCACAAAUAAUCAGAAGAAAUACACUGAAGAGGAGGGCAUGCAUGUCAGAUAUAAAAUGCUCGGAGGCUGAUACAGAAUUUCAACGUAAUUGAAAAACUCAGUACCGUGAAAUAAAACGUCAAACAAACAAUAGGAAUCAGUAAGACAGCUCGGCGUGCCGUUGCAGGGAUUCGUGAGAAGAAAAGCUCUGUCCAGUCUGGAGACAUGCAGGAUCGUGGCUCUCCAGGACGAUGAUUCAACACCUGCCUUAGACUAGGAAGCUUUAGGUUUGUUUGUUUGUUUGUUUGUUUUUUUAGACUUGAGCCCUUCAUAUCUGCAUUGGGAGCAGGUCCUCUUCCAUGGAGCCUGCAGAGUUGCGCUUUCAGGUCUCCACUGUUUUCCAGACAAACCAAACAUUGACUCUAAGUAAGCCGAUCCCUUCUCAUCACAGGUUUCACGUUAAUUGUAGCUGGGUAGAAGCAGCCGGUGAGGACAGUCCUCUGCAGCCUUCAGCUUUCGAUGGCGCUGCACCGCCCUACCUUUAAACGCCAGAUCUUGCCCAGUGAAUAUGCACUAGAUAGAAAGCAAUCAGUGUAAAAUGGAGCACAGCAAAUACGAAAUACAGACUUCUGAUUGCCUACGCUUCUAUCUUCAUUGAUCAUUUAUGUAGGCUCACACGUAGUUGAUUUUAAUGUAAAAACAAAAUCUUUAUAUUGUUAUAUAUUAUAUGACCGUAGUUAUAUACUGUUUUUAAAACAUCCAUUUUGUAACGGAGUGCCAACUUAUAAAUAUAUAAUGUACAUUUUGUAUAAAAGAACAAAAGUUUGGAACUGCAGGAGUUUGGUUGUGGAAGAAAAUCAACUGAAUAUUGUAUCUAUAUCACAGUUUUACCUUUGGUGCUGCAGACAGCCUGUGUUUUUGAGAUUGUAUUAGAAUCAGGGCAGUCCCAGUGCUGCGUUUUA